UGAAUGAAGGUAAAUCUCCUGCUCUGUACAUUGCAGCACCUGUCACCCAAUUCCUAAUUUAAAUCACUGUUUAUUUAAUGUCCAGCAACUCUGUCCAGGUACAUGCAUGAUAGUUCUUUAUUAUCCAUGAGUUAUAUGACUCACCAGAUUCAAAAACAGAAUAACAUAAAUAUGAUAUUUAUAAACAAACAUCACACAGGAGAGUAUACAUAAAUAGAACAAAAGCUAUAUUAAGCAUCUCUUUUUAAACAUGCUAAUUACAAGUAUUUACCUAAAUUAAUCAAUUCUUUGAUAUGUUUAACACUUAGUAAUUGAACCAGUUUGAAGGUACUUGGUCUUUUAUAACAAUUUCAUUAUAUAUAUAUAUAUUAGGUCACCUGAGAUUACUCAAGUGACCUAUUGCAUAUUGGUUGUCGUCCGUCGUCGUGCGGUAACAGUUGAACAUUUUUAACUUCUCGAUAACUACUAGUCCAAUUCUUUUCAAAUUUGGCAUAUAUUGAAUCAUUUUUGGGACAAGGGGGACAUAAACUGUGAAUUUCAGGACUCCAGCAGCCCCGGAGCCUUUGGUGCGGGACAAAAACUGCCCAAAAUUGACCAAUUUUCAAAAAUCUAACAUCAAUAUUUCUGUGACUUCGCCCAGAAAACAUUUCACUCCAAGUAUUGAGCACCAAUAAUUUGUCACCCAUGCCCCCAAAAGUGCCCAUGUUGUUACAAGCACCCCAAAAAUGUUUACGAGCACCUCCAAAUAAGAUAUCAGAUGCAACAAGGGUUUGUUCAGCCCACUUUCUUCCAACUGAAGUACGGCGGUCAUUGAAUGGAAUACGGUCUUUAAAACCAGGGAGUGUACCAAGCAUAUUUGCUUGGAAUUCACCAGUUAAACGGAUCAGGCCACUUAGAAGAUCAUUGAAAAACAUGUCACCAGUACGAUCUGCAGAGGAUAACAAUUGCAGUAUUGAGGAAGAGCCAGAAUUAUCGUCUUGUUUUGUGGAUCAGACUGGAUUAACACCACCUGUCUCAAAUGACCAUGAUUACAGUGUCCAUACUACAACCAAGGACCAACUUCAGGCAGCCCAAGAGGAAAUUAAGGAUUUACAGGAAAAGCUUGUAGCAGUAGAAAGGAGACUUUUUUCUGUAGAACGAUUCACCACAGAUCCCCAGUUGAUUAACUUUUACACUGGUUUUAAAAAUUAUGAAACCUUAAAAUGUUUGUUUAUUGCUCUUCAGCCAACAGCAGAAACAAUGAUCAGGUGGACGCAAAUGCAGAGACAUUCCUCAAAUGUGGAAAACAUGAAGUUAAAUGCUAUCCGUAAUGAAGCAUUGCCACUAAUUGAUCAAUUUUUUAUGUUCCUAUGUAGAGUUCGUCAGGGUUUUCCAGAACAGGACUUGGCUGUUAGAUUUAACAUAUCUCAGUCUUCAGUGAGUAGAAUUUUAAUAACAUGGGCAAAUUAUUUGUAUACAAUGCUUGGUAGUUUACCUUUAUGGCCACCUCGUUGUGUGGUUGACAGUAACAUGCCAAAAUGUUUUCAAGAAACUUCUCCUCAUGUUAGAGUGAUUUUGGACUGUACAGAAAUUAAAGUUCAAACUCCUAGCUCAAAAGUAUUAAAUUCUGAAAUGUACUCGAAUUAUAAAAGUCACACAACAUUUAAAAGCUUAAUUGGGAUUACACCUUGUGGUGUUGUUGCAUUUAUUAGUUCAAUGUACACAGGUAACAUUAGUGAUAAAGCUAUUACUGCAUUGUCAGGAAUUUUGGAUUUGUUGGAGCCUAAUGACCAAGUCAUGGCUGAUAAAGGGUUUUUAAUUGAGGACUUAUUAGAGAAAAAACAAGCUUCUUUGGUAAUACCUCCUUUUCUUGGUGAAAAGGGUAAAUUUUCUGCUUUGGAGGUAGCACUUACGCAUGAAAUAGCACGCCUUCGUAUUCAUGUUGAAAGAGCUAUAAGGCGGAUAAAAGAAUAUCAUAUAUUUGAUGGUGUCAUUCCUCUUAAUUUAGCUUCAUCCAUUAAUCAGAUAUGGACUGUUUGUGCAAUACUAACAAAUUUCAGAGGACCUCUAUUCUAGUUAAAUGUGAUUACGUGCACUAGGAAUCUUAUUAAUGAAAGGUGAAGAUAACGAACAGUGAUCAAUCUCACAACUCCAAUAAUACUGUUUAAUUUUUGACCGAGUUGCACACGUGCAUCUGUCUUAUAGUAUGGUGAAUGGCGGGUGGGCUUCCCUGUAAUAGGUAUCUACUUUGUGCAAUCAACUCCUCUCACAGCUUUUACUUGACAUUUUUCAGACCUUGUACAUUAUAGCUGUUAUAAAAACAUUGAAUAUUUACAUGUGAAAUUCUAAAGUACCUGGGUUUAAAAAAAAAUACAUUUAAUAUGUCAUUUUUACAGAGUGUUUUAUAGAGAUGUUUCUAUGAUGUCUUCAAUGAGUAUUGUCAAUUUGUUAUCAGUACAAUUAUAAACUUAUGAUUGUAUAGCAGUACACGUUUUCAGUGCACAUACAUUUACAUGUGUACAACUUAUUCAUGUGAUAUAAAAUAAAUAUUUGAAGAAAUAAAAA